AUGAGAGCCAACCAUCACGUUAUUCAGGGCAGAGCCAAGAAGCCAUCAUGGACGUUCGUCGACCUCGAGAAGGGAGAGGAGAAACUCACGGACGAAAAGGAGAAGUCGAAGGAGAGAAGAAGAAGCAGUGAAAGAGAAGUGGAGAAGAAGAAGAAGAAGGAGAAGAGGAGGAGAAGGAGGAGAAGAAGGGAGAGCAACGCAGCCGGAUUCCGCGGGGACUGUGGAGGGAGGCAGUGGCAUUAUAUUAUGGAUGGAUUUGGCGGCGGAUGUUCAACGGCGGAGGCUUUAGCGCAGUUGGGGCACCAGCCCGGGGCCACGCCAACGCCUGUUCGGGCUAGUCAGGGCCGCGCUGGAGCCUCCCGCCCUGAUCCAGUGAUCCAACCCCAAAGUCGAGCGGGGACUGAGACUUGA